AUGGUCUCCUCGGUCGUCUCGCAGGCUACCUCGGUAGUGGCAGACGUAGCCGCAACAGCCAGUGCAAAAGUCACCGCACCCUCCUUUCCCUAUACGGCCCAUCAUCUACCUCUACCCAAUACCUCUGUCCUACUGCAUCCCGCCUCCAUCCUCUUCUUCACCGCCCUCUUUGCCACCAUACUCAAGAAGAUUGGCAAGGACCGCAUAGUGCAGCUCAUCUCUCCGCUGCACCUGCAGCUCACCUCGGGCAAGGUGCUCAGGAGACAGAAGCAGCUCAAGAGGGAGCUCUUCCAGGCCAGGCAGGACAUGGCAAAGACCAGUAGUCAGGAUGAGUUCGCAAAGUGGGCAAAGCUGAGACGCAAAGUCGACAAGACACUGGCAGAUCUAGAGGCAGUCAACUCUUCCCUUUCUGGCUCACGCUCAUCGCUGGGCUUGUUGGUGAGAGCUUUCCUCUUUGUGUUCGGUACGGCCUUCCCAUUCGUGGUCAGCACCUACUACAGAAAGACGCCCAUCUUCUGGCUUCCCCCCGCCGCUUCCCUUGGGGGUAAGGGACAGGCCGUUUCUCAAGACUGGCUCGGACCCAUUGGCUGGAUGCUAGCCCUGCCCAGCGCACCUAGAGGCUCUAUCUCAGCUACAGUUUGGUCACAAGUGUGCGGAAGAGUCAUCGCACUCGUCUUCACAGCCAUCUAUGACCUGCUC